UCCCGGAAGCACCGGCGAGCUCGCCGGCAUGGAGCCCGAGCCUAGCGCCUCCGAGGCCACCCCUGCGGGUGCCGCGCUCUUCGCCUGGGGUGCAAAUAGCUAUGGGCAACUUGGCCUUGGCCAUAAGGAAGAUGUGCUUUUGCCCCAGCAACUGACUGACUUCUGUAAACCUGAGUGUGUCAGGAAGAUCACAGGAGGAGGGGGACAUUCUACAGUUGUCACAGAUGGAGGAAGCCUUUUUGUUUGUGGCUUGAACAAAGAUGGGCAGUUGGGGCUUGGUCACACAGAGGAUGUUCUGUGUUUUACCAUCUGCAAAUCUCUUGGUGGCUGUCGCAUCCAACAGGUAGCCUGUGGCUGGGAUUUUACCAUUAUGCUCACAGAAAAUGGUCAAGUUCUAUCAUGUGGAUCAAACUCCUUCGGCCAGUUAGGUGUUCUUCAUGGACCUCGAAGAUGUGUGGUUCCCCAGGCCAUUGAGCUUCUGACAGAGAAGGUUAUUUGUGUUGCUGCUGGACUGAGGCAUGCAUUAGCUGCUACAGUGAGUGGCAUUGUGUUCCAGUGGGGGACUGGUUUGGCAUCAUCUGGACGACGGUUAUGUCCCGGGCAGACUCUCCCAUUAUUUUUGACAGCAAAGGAACCAAGCAGAGUGACAGGUCUAGAGAAUUGUAAAGCAAUAUGUGUUCUUGCUGGCUCAGCCCACUCAGCUUUAUUAACAGACGCAGGAGAACUAUAUGUUUGGGGCGGUAACAAGCACGGACAACUAACUACCCAGGCUGCUUUCCUUCCUGUGCCCCACAAAAUAGAAGUGCACUGUUUUCAGAGUGAAAAGGUCACUGCCGCCUGGAGUGGGUGGACCCACCUGGUUGCUCAGACAGAAACUGGCAAGGUGUUUACUUGGGGCCGAGCAGACUAUGGUCAACUAGGGAGGAAGCUGGAGACUCAAGAAGACUGGAAACUAGAAAACCAGGAUUCAUCGAGACCACCGAACAGCACACCUUCACCUCUGCAUUGCCUGAUGGGAGCCACGGAGAUCUCUUGUGGCUCAGAGCAUAAUUUGGCAGUAAUUGGGCAGCCAGUACUCCCAGAAAACCAGCAGUUCUGACAGAAAACACAGAAUUCAGAAAGACAGUCUGCAGGGAAGAUUUCAGUUGUUUAUAAAACAGGCCAACACGUUUCCACUUCGUAAGUUCUAAAUCCGUCAUCCCAGCUCCGUAGAUCUAAGAAUAGUCCCCAGCGGAGCCAGUGUACCACAGCACGCUCUCCCUGCAGGUGACUGAGGAAGUGUGUCCACCGCAGCUCAGCACCUGCUCUCGGCCCAGGGGGCACGGACCUCUGCCUCUCUCGCUUGGCUGUCUGGGAACCUUGUCCAGACUCAGCGUUUUCUUCUGAGACGGCUUGAUCGGAACACCCUCCUCGCUGGGCUGCCCCGGCUGCCAGAUGAGAUGCUGCUGGGGCACGGAAGGGGUAGCAGAAAGCAGAGACCUCUGGCACUUUGCAUUGCCCUGCCAUGGGCCUCGCUUUCCUCUUGGGCCCAGAGAGAUGGUCAUAGAGCGCUGGACGGACUGUGGAGCAGCGAGGAUCCAGAGGAGGCUUUAGAGUGGGCCCCAGCCUUGCAGCGUCAAACGCAUCACCCGGGCACAUUUCCACUCAUCCCCUUAGCCAAGGCUACUGCUCUGGCUGGGUGCAAGGAGCCAGCCUAAGGAACAUCCCUCCCACUGCUCAUCCACAUCCAGCUCCACCUCCUGCACUCUGUCUCUCGCACUCCGCCAUGCUGUCCCACACCACCAUGUCAGCUCUCCAGGUCUGGGACAACUUUUGACUUGUUUUAUCCUAGUCUCCGUCCCCACCAGCCUGAGGCACCUGCUGCUUUCUACCCAGGUUACCAGUCAUUAGAGUUCUUCCUGAUAGUGAUCUUGACUGGCCGAUCCAAGGCUUCUCCCCACCUCCACAGGUUCUCUUUUGGCCCUCGCUAGCCAUUCAUUCAUUUAUUAUUCACCCACACCACAGCAUUUAUUGAGUACUAAUGUGUGUCACACAGCGCUUCAGGUUCUGGUAUAUAGACAGUGUUCCCACUCUCAAGGAGCUUGUGUUUUGUCAGGAGAGCUAGAUAAAUCAGGCAAGGCAUUCCAGAUAGGAACAGCAAGUGCAAAGGUCCUGAGGUGAGUGCUAUUUGAGGAGCUGUAAGGGAGUCAGUGUCACUGUGGUAGUGGUGGAACACAAUAGGACAUGCUGUAGGAGAAGCCGCUGAAGAGUUCUGAACAGAGCGGUGCUGUAUCCAAUUUAGGUUUUAACAGGAUCACUCAAGCUGCAUGUAGAGGACCACAGGAGUGGAGAGGCGGCAGAGAGAGCAAUUCUGAAGCUCUUACAAGGCUAGCAGGGAGAGACCAGCGAUAGGGCUGGUAAGAAGCGGCCAGAUCCUGCUGUGUUCUGAACAUUACCUCCCCAAACCCCUCCUUUCCCAGGUCCACAUCUUUCCUUACCUGGUGGACACCCACAGCCUCCUCACUGGGCUCCUUGCCUCCCUUUCUACCCUCUCAUCCUUUCUCAGGGCUUGCAUGGGUUUUGGUCUCCAGGGCACCUCGACACGUGCCUUCUCACGACAGUCCAUGCCACAGACCCUGACCUCCAGAGGAAUUGCUGGUGCAGGAAUGGCUUCUUCCUGCUCCCCUGCUCCUGCCUUGAGGCCACUGUUGGCCCUGGGAAGUGAUGGGUGGCUGAUUACAAAGGAGCCAACACCAGCAGUGUCUCUGGCCCAGCCAGGCCCAGUGGGGCCAUCGACCUCUGAGCCGUUUCCUCCGGGAGCUGCUCCUCUCCUCUCCUGUGACCAGGGACGACAUCUUACAGCUCCCCGCUCUGGAGGUGGCUUUGGCCACAGAGCAGGGGGUGAAGCCAGGCCCAGGAGUGAGGUUAACGGCGCCGAUCUCAGUGUAAUGUGUGCCCUUCCCUGCUGCUCUCCAGCCAGGUGAAAAAUGCAGCCUGGCUUAGAUCCUCCCAGGCAGCACUUCCUGUUCCUACAUCUAUGACUCCAAGCCUAGGCCGGUAGCUGGUCUGUCCCUCUGGCCCUCAUCCCCUCUUUCCCUGGCUCGCUGCCUGCUCCCUGGAUUCACCCAGGCCAUUCCCAUGGCCCUGCUGUUGCUCACAUUGAGUCACGAGGGUGCCUUGGCUGCCUUAGGCCCUGGACUAGACAUAAGACCCAGAGAGGGGGAAGUUCCGACUAUGCCCGAGGGCCUCGGGCCACUGGGAAAGACAGCAAUGGAGAGCGAUUACGGGAACCAAUGUCAGGUCCACUGUGGUGGUUACUGUAGCUCUGUUUGUCAUCACACAAGAUUGGGGGUCCCCAAAGUAUCCAUUAACAGAGGACUGUUUUAGGAAAGCAGGGCUUGACGCUACUAUUAAAUAACACCCCAAAACUGCAUAUACCACAUUCUCAGGGGCUCUGUUACCAUCUCCCACAGGGUUUAGAACUAGUGAAGGAGCCUGAGGUUUGGGAGCCCUUGGAUCUGGCCCUAACUAGACCGGAUGUGUGACCUCGAUGAGCUAUUUUACCUCCUUGAGCUAACCUGCCUCAUCUGUAAAGCGGAAAUGAUGACCUCUCAGAGAGUUGCUGUGGGAAUUAAGAUGGCAUUUGCAUAAAACUAAGAAGCACCAUCCCAAGAUAGCAGCCCACAUCCUGGCUGGAAUUCCUGCUAUCAUGGCCACAUUCCCAGGGACAGCAUGGAAGAGGGAGAGAGAAGAGGCAAAGGGCAUGUGCCAUCUCUCUUUUAAGGAAGGGUCCCACGGGCUGUUUCAGCACAUCUCAGUUUGAACCUCAUUGACCACACCCAGCUGCAGGAGCCAUGGGAACUGUUUCUUCCAUGGCUCAGGGGACAGUCAGGAGGUUGUGCCCACACAUCAGGUGUUAGUUCAUCCUAGGCAAGGCCCUGCAGCAGAGAUGCUGCCGGCUCCCAAGCCCUGGAAUGCAGCCCCAGCACCAGAAGGCCCUGAGAGGACCCAGGUUGCCAGGUAGCUCAGGCAGGUGGCCCAAGGCCUGGACAGAUUUGGGCCUCAUGUCCCGUGCCAGGGACCUUGCCAGUGCUGAGGCUCCACUGCCCACAGGGCUCUGAGCUGAGCUGAUGCAUAUGUGGUGACUGUGAGCUCCAUCACUUGUCACAGCUAUCCUGAGCCCCACAGGCACAGGGCCUUUACUCCAAGGGGCCGGGGAGCCCCUUGGUAGCCCUGGGGCUCUGCAGCCACUGUGCCCUUGAGCCAGCAAAGCUGAAUUCUGUCAACCAGGUGAGAUUUCAGUAUCCUAUAGGACCUGGAGGGGCCGGGAACACUGUGGAGAGCCCUGUGUAAAGCUGGGAGCAUCCUCCCACCCACCUGCUUUGAAAACUGGCUGUUCCCAACUCCAGCUGGCUUGCAGAAAGGCUCGCUGCAGCCACUGUCCUUCCUCUGCCUCCUGGCUGAGAACAGCUCGCGCGAAAGCCUCUUGCCGAGCCAGAGCACUUUCUGUUCACCGUGUCUGACACAGUGGCCCUAAGUUCUGCUUGUGCCAGUGACACCCAUUCAGAAAUGUUGGAGGAGGGUGUGACUUACAUGCCCUGCUGUGUGUCUUCCUGUUAAGGGGACAGCCAGUCCCUUGCUUUCUGACCUUAGCUGCCUGGUCAUUGUCAAUGUGUUUAGGAACCCACACUUCUUGUCAUUUCACCCUGGGCCUCCUAUUCAGGAUGCCCUUCUCUCCCCACUGUGCCUUUUGCCUUGACUGUGGCUCCCUUGCUUUUCCCUCCCCUCCUAGUGGUCUGCUUCCUGUGUGGAUGUGAGCUGUCACCAGGUGUUGGCACUGGGCUUCAGCAUUAAUCCCCUUGGAAAAUGUGAGGUCAUUGAGACCUAAGUGCCUUUAUUUCACUGCUGUGUGGUGGGGACCCAGGACAGCCCAGCUUAGUCCACAGGCACAUGCCAGGGGUCAGCAAACCACAACCAACUCUGACCUGUGGCCUGUUUCUGAAUAGCGCUGCAAGCUAACAAUCAUUUGUAAAGUGCUAUAAAAGAGAAUAUGUGACAGAGACCUAAUGUGGCCUUCAAACCUAAAAUAUUUGCUACCUGUCCUAGAAUAAGUGUGACAAACCCUGGUGUCUAACAUGCAGGGAUGCAUGCACAUUCUGGAGCUACACUGCCCAGACUCUAGAACCAUCUUUAAACUGUACAUAUCUGUCAAAUGUGGUUGCCUCACAGGGUUGUUACAAUUAAUGCAUAUAAAGCACAUAACCCUGAGUGAGCUUGCUUUGGCAGUAUCAGGGAAGAAAUGUCUGGGCCUUUGCCAGGCUUCACCCAGUGGGCAUGAAGGUCCUGACUCCAGGGCUCCGGUUAGCCCGGCCCGGAACAUGGUUCCCUUUGGCAGGAGGAGGGGGACCUGCCAGCUGCCUGUUGUGCAGCUUCCAGCUGGGAGGUAAGCUCUGCCUUCCUCCCACCCCCAUCCCCGCUGUCAGUCAACUGUGCCACUCACCAGGCCCAGGCACAAAGCCCACACCAGGUGUCACACUGGGCCUGAAGGUACCAAGGCUUCUCUGCUCUCCCACCCUGGCCCAAGCGCGGGCCUGGCUGGGAGUCGGGGCCUGGGGCUCAUCCUGUCUGUAUGCAUAUCCUCAUUCUUGGGCUAAGCUUGCAGACAACUGUUUCCCCAAACCUGAGCUUUUGGCUAAGGAAAAGGAAUGGGCAGGGUAAUCUCAACCCAGCCAGCCUCCCUCUCCUCAAAGUGUGGUCUGCAAAACAAAUUUUUGGGUGGUAAUUGGUUAAAUGUAAAGAUUUAAAAAUUCAAGGGAAAGGAAAAAUUAUGAGAAAAAAAAAUGGAAACAAAGUCUUUGUAAAUGGGGAAGGGUGGAGGGGUGAAAGGUGCACAGGGAAUGGGGAAAAAAUAAGA